AAAAACCGUCUCCUACUUCCCUCUGUGUGUCCUGUCACAAUUCGCGUGGACCUAUGUGUAUCAGUAUCAUUCAGUCCUAGCUGUGUUCCACCUUUUUAUGAAGUCUAUGUAAUAGAGCCCCCCAGCCCGUUGUCUGUCCUGUCUGCACUCGUGCAUGUGAGCUGCAUCAGACAGACGUCCGCAGCCUCAGUGUCCUGCAGUGAAACCCAGCUCCUGAACACACCCUGCUGCAGCAGAGCACCCACACAGCACCGACAGAACCGACAGCACCCCCGGCUGUAGGCUACACCUAGACCGAGCCUAUUCAAAGAGACGACUGGAACCCAGCGGAGCAGCAAGAUGGCUCUUAAUGACAAAGACCCGGUGGUUGCCGUGGGCACCCUCUCCCCGGGCCAACUGCAGUCCCACCUCAAGAUGGAGCCCAAGACUCUGGGGGCCAUCCAGAUCGUCAUCGGGGCUUUGAUUCUCUGUCUGAGUGCCUCUGUGCUCCAGAUCCACGAGGUCCACUUUACGGGAGACGUGGCCCUCUUCCUGAUUGUUGUCAUACAGGUGACCUUGUCUGGGUCAGUGUUGGUUCACAGUGGAAGGAAACCUACUCUUUUUUGGGUUAAAUGUGUCCUGGUUCUGCACCUCAUCAGUGCUGCGUUUGCCACCGCUGCCCUGGGUCUGAUGUCCAAACACCUGCCCUACCGCCAGGACUCGUACCACUGUGAACACUGCCGCCGGCUGGAGCUACACGCCGUGCAACAUUGUUUCAGGAAAUGCACCGGGCUGAUCGAGCAAAAGUGUAAACUGUUGAUCGACGGGAUCCUAGGGACGCUGGUGAUCUUUCUGGUGCUGGAGCUGUUGAUCUGCAUCACCGCCAUGCUGUUUGGACUCAGUGUCCUAGCUGCAGGUGGAACCCAGGCUCCUAGCCAGAGACCUGUCUAUCCGCAAACGCGCCCCCCACCUGUUCCAGCCGUGCAGCAGGCUGCUGAAGCUGAGCCGUCUCAGGUGGCCGUAGUUGUGACUGAACCAGAUUCAGAGCAGGCGGAGGACCUCUCCACCCCGCCUACUGAACCCCAGGUGGAGCCGAUAGAAGAUGUGACCACAGAGCCAUGAACUCAACACACACCGUAGUGUAAUGUCAUGUCAGUCAGAGUGUUAAAACUAUUCCUUCAACAAGUUAUCAAAGGUAGUCAUCCUGUCCUUUCACCUCUGGCCUGACAUGAACACAGGGUCAGGAUUAGCAAUGCACUACACACAGUGGGAUGGGGUUAUGACAUGGAUUAGUGUUACAAGCCAUGUUGAUGUAUUCUUCAAAUACUAAGAUAACUAAAAUAAGUAUAGAGAGAAUAAGUAUAGAGUAAUAAAAAUAACUAGCGUAACAUAUACUAGGUGUUCAGUUUGGACAUUGUGGGGAAAGCACCGAUCUUGUUCACCUUCAAGAGGAUAUAAAUAUUCACUUCAGUAAAAGUCUGUUCACAUGUUGUGUUGAUCAGCGUGAAGACUGAUUUAAUGUAACCCUGUACUAUUAAACCUUUCUUGCACAAAACAU